UUUCCACCCACAUACUCAAACAAAAGAUAGAAUCACCAUGGAUAUCUCUUCUCAUCUACUAGCAAUUUCAGUGGCUGUAGCAGUAAUACUUCUAUUGUACAAGUACAAUCAGUGGAGAAUAAGAGAUUACAGCCAUAAAAAUAAAGGCUUGUUAGCCCCUGAACCAUCUGGAGCCUUGCCAAUCCUCGGUCAUCUCCAUCUACUAGGCACCGAGAAAACCCUUGCUCGAACCUUGGCUCGCCUAGCAGAUAAGUAUGGUCCCAUCUUCACAAUCUGGCUCGGUGUUCACCGUACGGUUGUAGUCAGCAGUCAUGAAGCAAUUAAAGAAUGCUUCACAACAAAUGAUAAAAUUUUGGCUUCCAGGUCUAAAUCAAGCCUUGGAAAGUACUUAAGUUACAAUUAUGCAGCUUUUAUUUUUGCAACCUACGGUCCUUAUUGGCGUGACAUGCGAAAAAUAGCUGUUAUCCAACUCCUUUCGAACCAUAGAAUAAAGUUGUUGAAGCAUAUUCAGGUUUCGGAGGUCUUUUUGUUCCUUCAGAUGUAUUCCCAUUUUUAUGGUGGAUGAACUUUUUAGGACCUGCUAAAACUAUGAAGCGUCUAUCUAAAGAACUGGAUUCUCUUUUGCAAACUUGGAUUGAU